UUAUUACCUCCGCACAUUGAUUAUUACUCUCCAAGUUGAACAAAACAGGUUCGUACCGAACUCAGCAACACAGCUAGCACACGCCGUGGCAGGCUGAUUUUUUCUCCGGGACGGAUUGCCACAGGUACGUAUCGCGUGUACGCGCGGAGCCACUAUCGGCCUGCGCCAAUAACACCGACACACGUCAAACGCUCCCCCGGCUCGAACAUGAUGAGCUCCGCCGUCUCCCGUCUCCUCCGCUCCUUCCGUCCCCCGCCCUCGCACCAGCUCUACCACGCCGCCGUGAGGCGACCACAAGUCGUGGGCUCUAAUGGGCAAGCCUUACUCAAGCAGAUUGCGCUGCCGCUCCGUCGGCACAAGUGCGGCACUUCUUCGCAGAGACCGGCGACCCACAUCGCAGGAAGGCACUCCCGGUGGUGGAAGGUGGCCGCGGCGGCCGCGGCCGCGACUCUCGUCUCUAGCAGCGCGGCGGCGGCGACCGCGGUCUGCAGCUUAUACCUCGAGACCGUGCCCUACACCGACCGCAAGCACCUGAUCGUCCGCUCUAUCGAGUACGAGCGCCGGCUGGGUGACCUCUUGUUCCGCUAUGUCAGGGUACGGCGCCUCCAACAUCGUCGACCGGCUCCACCCCGAGAGCGUCCGGGUCUACCUCAUCACCUCCGAGCUCGUCCGGGCCGUCCACCGAGGCCUCGCCAUCAAGAGCCUCAAGCAAGGGGAUGAUCCAGAGGCGGCACGUCGGCACACGGCGCAUCUCGACGGCCUCGACUGGGACGUCAUCCUUGUCCGAGAUAAGGAGUUCAGAGCUCGCAGCACGCCUAGUGGCAAGAUUAUCCUGCACACCGGGUGCUUCGACCUUCUCAAGACCGAUGAGGAGAUAGCCUCUAUUAUUGCACACGAGAUUGGGCACAUUGUUGCGAGGCAUUCAGUGGAGCGGAACCUUUACAGGAGGAGCUGGUUUCCGUCCUGCCUUAGGCACUACUUGCUACAGAGGCAGGAGCUAGAGGCAGAUCACAUUGGAAUCCUACUACUAGGCGCUGCUGGUUACGAUCCGCGCAUAGCCCCGGCAACCAUUGAAACAGUCAAGGAAAAGCUAGGAUCAAGGAAAGCAUGCGCCACUCAUCCUUCCACUGAGACAAGAUUGCAGCUCUUGUCGCAACACAAGGUCAUGGAGGAGGCACUCGAACUUUAUAGAGAGGUUAAAGCCAACUACUCGCUUUGCUUGACGCUCAGAUCCAUGGCGGCCAGUCCUGAGUUUGGUAGAUUUUUGCUUGGGGAGUGAACCACUUUGUGUACUACCUCCGUCUCGGUGAAUAAGUCAUUCGCGUAGUUCUAGGUUGAUGAUUUAACUAUCUAAAUAUGUAUUAUAUGUGAUAAAAUAUAUAUAUUUAAAAACUACAUCCGUGUACAAAUCUAGUGAUAUACUUUUCAUGAUAUAUAACACAUAUUUAAUUCAUCAAAUCGAUGACCUAGAACUACGCGAAUGACUUAUUCACCUAGACGGAGGUAGUACUAUUUCUCCCAUCUUGACUUGCUGGAUCUGAGGCUCCACAAGGUUCCUCUAAGUUUGGUUUUCAAGCUUUUGUGUUGGAUACUCAUUCUCUACUGCUGACUUAAAACAAUAUUUUUAUAUAUUUAUAUAUAUACUCCCUCCGUCCGAAAAAAUUUGUCCCAAGUUUGUUCCUAAGUGCUAGAUACAUCCAUUUGAGGAAGCUUUUUCGGACGGAGGGGAGUAUAAAGUUACUAGUUUUAUUUCUCCCUGAAUA